CAUAAUGCUUCUAGUAUAUCGUUGUUAUAAUAAUAUACUAGAUUUUUAUGCUAGACUGCUUGAGUAGCUUUGAAUACGUUUAUAAAGUAUAAACGAAUUAUAUAUAAAUUAUGAAUGGAUUAUAAUAUAAUCCAUUUUUUGCACAUUGACUUAAAGAGAGAUGACAUCAUUAGAAGAUGUAGCCAGAUGUGACAACAAUGUUCAAUACAAAAUGAAUAAGAGGGAUAAAUGCAACUUUAACUAGCAAGGCAUGUGUUUCUAAUGUGUACAAAAUUUAUAACAUUGAUUCUGGUUACCGUCUUAAUGAUGAUCAAAUUAUUAAUCAUUUCCCAAAUCAUUAUGAGUUGACGCGCAAAGAUCUGAUGCUGAAAAACAUAAAACGCUAUCGAAAAGAUUUAGAAAAAGAAGGCAGUCUUUAUGCAGAAAAAGAUGUUACUGGAAAAUAUUUAUAUUUAGAUUUUAUCCCAACAACGUUUACAUUACCUAGUGAUUAUAAUUUAUUUGUUGAAGAAUUUCGAAAGAGUCCUACUUCACCAUGGAUUAUGAAACCAGCCAGCCGAUCCCAAGGUGAUGGUAUAUUUUUAAUUAACAGUCUUUCGCAAUUAAAGAAAUGGUCUCGAGAUGGAAACUAUACAAUGCUAAAUAAUCACACAGCCAAUAAAGAAACUUAUGUCAUAUCUCGUUAUAUUGGAAAUCCUCUUUUGAUCGGUGGAAAAAAGUUUGAUUUGCGUCUCUAUGUAUUGGUAACAUCAUUCAAACCGUUGAAUUGUUACAUUUAUAAACUGGGUUUUUGUCGUUUUUGUACUGUAAAGUAUAAUGCUGGUAUCAAUGAACUGGAUAACAUGUUUGUUCAUUUAACUAAUGUUUCAAUACAAAAACAAGGAGCAGAAUAUAAUGCUACACAUGGUGGAAAAUGGACAAUAAAUAAUUUAAGAUUAUAUUUGGAAGGAACAAAAGGAAAAGAAGUUGCAGACAAACUUUUUGAUGAUAUUAAUUGGUUGAUUGUUCAUUCUUUAAAAGCUGUCCAGAAUGUUAUUCAUAAUGACAAGCAUUGUUUUGAAUGUUACGGUUAUGAUGUCAUCAUUGAUAAUGAUUUAAAACCAUGGCUAAUUGAGAUAAAUGCAUCGCCUUCUUUAUCUGCAACAACAUAUUCUGAUCGUAUUUUAAAGCUUUCACUUAUAAAUGACGUUAUCAAUAUUGUUGUUCCUUUUAAUGAAAUGCCAGACGUUAAGCGUGAAAAAUCAACGACUAAAGAAUCACUGGGAAAUUUUGUUUUACUGUAUGAUGAAAAACGUUCUAUUCGCAUUCAUUCGUCAAUUACCUCAUCGAAGGAAACUUCAAAAAAUUUAAAGCGUGCAGUCUGGAAGUAAUUUAUAUUUGUGUUAAUAAUUGUAUUACUUAAUAACAACUAAUUUCAAAUAAGAAAUUAUUGAAUUGUAUUUAUGAUCUAUUAAUUUAUCGUUUAUAAUUGUUAAACAACAGUUUAUAAAUUUAGAAAGUAAUAUUUAUCAGAGCAAUGUUAACACAAAGCAAUCUUGUGACCAUGUUGUGAAUAACUUUAUGUCCAUAUAAAUUUUUGUAGUGUAGAUUUUAAAAAAUGUCUUAUUAAUAAAUUUAUUUAAUAUAUUUUUAUUAUAUAGAUUUUUGUUAGAUUUGUAUAAAUAUUAUUAAAAAAAAAAAAAAACU